GGUUAGGCCCAUGAGAUGUGUGCCCUGUAUAUUCCAGAGGUACAAUUUGCCAGUGUUUCCACAAUGGAACCAAUUGUUUUACAGUCUGUUCUGGAUGAUCAUUGUAAUAAGAGACAGGGUCUACCUGUUUCCCAGGCUGGUCUCAGACUUCUAGACUCAAGUGAACCUGAACCUCCCGCCUCAACCUCUCAAAUUGCUGGGAUUACAGAAAUGGUGGAGCCAAUGAAGAAAUUAGCAGGGAUGGAUGUAGAGCUGACAGCUGAAGAGAGAAACUUCCUAUCUGUUACAUAUAAGAAUGUGAUUGGAGCUACAAGAGCCUCCUGGAGAAUAAUCAGCAGCCUUGAACAGAAAGAAGGAAACAAGGGAGGAGAAGACAAGCAAAAAAUGAUUGGGAAAUACCAGCAAAUGGUUGAGACUGAGCUAAAGUUCAUCUGUGGUGACAUUCUGGAUGCACUGGACAAACACCUCAUUCCAGCAGCUACCACUGGUAAGCUGUGGGGAAGAACACAAGCUGUCAGUGUGAAAGUGAAGGAUAGCUAUUUGAGUGUUCCAUCUUGUUUCUUGGGACUGCCUUUGUAGGCUUGGCUGCGUAGUAAUUCUUACGGCUCUUAGUUGAAGCUGCUUUGUAUUAAAACAGACCUAUCUCAACCCAGUAGCACAGCAGUCAGGAUAAUUCUUUUGAUGUGGCAUAUGGUUGUUGUUAGUAGACUGAAAAGAAAUCUAACAUGUUAAUAUAACUAGAGGAAGGAAAUGAGAGAAAAUUAUAAUAGAAUUAUCUUAAUUUUUGUAUAUUAGUGUUCAGUCUUUGUGGGCAUGUUUUUAAUAGUUAUUCUCCUAGCAAACAUCAUUUUAUAUUUUCUGUUUUAGCAUAAACAAGUUUCAUUCUUACUGAUGUGUGUUAAAUUGUUCCCCCUUUUAUACUUCAGCUUGUUCCCAGUUUUUGAUAAUGUAGAUACAAAUUUAAGGAAUAUUUAUAUGUACAUAACAUUUUACUUUUAAAAAGUUGUGA